AUGAUUUGUGGGGUGCCACAGGGAAGUUGUCUUGGCCCACUACUCUUCAGUUUGUUUGUUAAUGAUUUACCAACAGUCUUAACUACAGCUGAUAUCACCUUGUACGCCGAUGAUAGCACUCCAUUCCAAUCUGGACACAACGCCAGACUCAUAUCAGAUAACCUUCAACAUGACUUAUCUAAAGUUGAAGUAUGGGUCUCGAAGAAUCGUCUCGUUCUUAAUGCUGAUAAAACAAAUAUUAUCCUUAUUGGAAGUCGGCAGAAGGUUAAAACAGCUCCAUCGCUUAACUUAUCCAUUAAAGAUAAAAUCAUUGAACAACGUCCAUGUGUAAAACUCCUUGGCGUCCAGGUUGAUGAGAACAUAAGUUGGAAGCAGCGUUGUGAAGAUAUACUUAAAAUUGUUCUAAAGCUCUUGGCUUACUGUUCAGGUUCAGCAGAUAUAUUCCAUCGCUGA